AUGCCUCUUUACGCCUCUUUCAUAUUCCUUUUCCUUUUCUCUCUCCUCACUAACUUCAGAGCUUCUGCUCAAAGCCCUACUUUCAAAUUCAUACACGAUUAUUGUCCAAAUACGACAACAUAUUCAAGGAACAGCACUUACUUCACCAAUCUCAAAACCCUUUUAUCCUCUCUCUCCUCCGGCAACGCCUCUUACUCCACCGGAUUCCAAAACGUCACGGUGGGACAAGCGCCCGACAAGGUCACCGGACUUUUUCUCUGCCGUGGAGACUUGUCCCCGGAAGCUUGCCGCAGCUGUGUCGCCUUUUCCGUCAACCAAACCUUAAUUAUGUGUCCGAAUGAGAGAGAAGCCGUGUUCUAUUACGACGAGUGCAUGCUCAGAUACUCUCACAAUAAUAUUCUGUCAACCCUUAUAUACGAUAGAGGAUACCGAAUGAGGAACGCCAAUAAUAUUUCAUCUCAUCUAGAAGACGGGUUCGGAGAUUUCGUAUCUUCCAUGAUGAACCAAGCUGCCAUGGAGGCAGCCAAUAAUUCUAGGAAGUUCUAUACAAUAACCGCCAAAUGGAACGCACUCCAAAGUUUGCACGUACUGGUUCAGUGCACUCCUGAUCUUAGAAGACAAGAUUGCUUGGCCUGUCUGCAAGAAUCCAUCAAUAGAUUGUCUUUUUACAGACUUGGAGGAAGACAGCUCUGGCCAAGCUGUAACUCAAGGUACGAGGUUUACCCGUUCUACAACGAAACCACCGCUAGAGCACCACGAAAACAACAAGCACCACAGCCAUUGUUGCCUUCGCCCGCCUCUACUUCUCCGGUGUCAUCUCCUCAACGACCUGGGAAAGGUGGGAAAUCAAACGUGUUACUGGUAGCCAUUGUUGUGUCUAUUAUAGUGGCUGUUCUGCUUUUCGUUGCUGGUUUUUGUUUCCUUACAAAGAGGACAAAGAAGACUUCUGAUACAGCACAUCCGUUUGAUGGAGAUGAUAUAACAACCGUAGAGUCGCUGCAACUUGAUUAUAGAACAAUACAAGCUGCAACAAAUAAUUAUUCAGAAAAUAAUAAGAUUGGCCAAGGCGGAUUUGGCGAGGUUUACAAGGGUACACUUUCCAAUGGGAGUGAUAUUGCGGUGAAGAGAUUGUCAAAAUCAUCAGGACAAGGUGACACAGAGUUCAAGAACGAGGUUGCUCUUGUUGCAAAGCUUCAGCACAGAAAUCUGGUUAGGCUUCUCGGGUUUUCUAUUGAAGGAGAAGAGAGGAUACUGGUCUACGAGCAUGUGCCCAACAAAAGCCUUGAUUACUUCCUCUUUGACCGCUCAAACCAAGGGAAACUGGACUGGACUCGACGAUACAAGAUUAUUGAAGGGAUUGCUCGGGGGAUUCUAUAUCUUCAUCAAGAUUCACGGCUAACAAUCAUACAUCGUGAUCUCAAAGCAAGUAACAUUCUCCUAGAUGCCGAUAUGAAUCCUAAAAUUUCUGAUUUUGGAAUGGCAAGAAUCUUUGGAAUGGACCAAACCCAGGAGAAUACAAGCAGAAUAGUUGGUACCUAUGGUUACAUGGCUCCUGAAUAUGCGAUGCAUGGCCAAUUCUCAAUGAAAUCAGAUGUCUAUAGCUUUGGGGUGUUAGUUCUUGAGAUUAUAACUGGUAGGAAAAAUAGCAGCUUCUACGAGACAAACGGUGCACAUGACCUGGUCACAUAUGCUUGGAGGCUUUGGGGUAACCGAACAUCGUUAGACCUUGUGGAUCCAAUCAUUGUAGAAAAUUUUCAAAGCAGUGAAGUUGUUCGAUGCAUCCAUAUUGGUCUUUUAUGUGUUCAGGAAAAUCUAGUAGAGCGUCCGACCAUGCCAACCAUUUUUAUGAUGCUUACUAGUAAUACUGUGACUUUGCCAGUGCCUCGACAACCAGGGUUUCUCGUUCAGAGUAGACUGGGAAACGACCCACUUGAUUCAGAUCAUCAACAACGAGGAAGUCUGUUCCAGGGAUCUGUUGAUAGUGAAUCGAUCACUGAUUUAUAUCCUCGUUGAAUAUGAUGUUACCUCCACGCUUGUACCAAUUCGUAUUGAAAUGCUUAUUUUGCUUUAUCAAAUAUUUUAAUGCUACGGGUUGUCUUACACUUUCA